AUGCGCUCUGCAUCAGAGGACCCCGGAUUCCAACCAGCGUCCGACCCCACGAGAACCGCCAUACUCACCAAUAUCUCGUACCACACCCACCGCCUCUCCUCACUACAGUCCCUCGAGCUCGAACUCAACUACACCCCCUCCUCCUCUUCCUUCUCACAAUACACCCCCCUCCUGUCCCACCUCUCCUCCCAAAUCACCCAAUCCGAAAAAAACCUCCAUACCCUCAAGGUCAAAACUCAGAAAGCCUACUGGGACCACGUCCGCUCUCAGAAUUCUACUUCGAUGAAAGUCGGUGCUUUGUUCAAGGGUCGGAAGGGGGAGUAUGAGUAUGAGGAGCGGAAGAGGAGGGAUGAAGUAGUGUACCUGGAAGCUUCAAGAUCUAGAGCAGAAAAAGCCGAGAACGAACGGUUAGAGGAGCUCAAGAGGGUGCGGGAGGAGACAUUGGCGCAGAAACAACAACUGGAACACAAAGCAGAAGAAUACAAACGAAUCAAAAACGAACUAUCCUCUCUCUACGCAACGAUAUUCGACGGACCUACACCCCCCUUCCCCGAAGAAGACACCUUCGAACACACCCUCCUCACCACCCACCUCCACACCGAAUCUGCUCAGAAAGACCUCAACAGGCACACGCACACAUCCACCCUCCUCCAAUCCGCCCUCCUCGCCCUCACCAUCAGUAUCUCCCUAAUGAAAGACGUCUUACGAACGUCCUCUGGUACUAUAGGCUUCCUCCAUACUUCAGAUGGUCACUCCGUGCAAGAGGCUGCGAAACGCUUUGUGGAGGCGCAGGGGUACGCGGAGAAGGCGAGGGAGAGGUGUAGGGAGGUGCAGCGUUUGAAGGGUAUUUGCGUUGGGGAUAUGCCAUUCCUCGCAUUCGCGAAGAGCGACCGUCUCCGUUCGGAUAUGUACAUCUACGAAAAGUUAGCGACGAUAGCCAGGCAGCUGGAAGACGCGAACGACCAGAUUCAAAGAGCACACGCUGAAUCGGAAAGGAGGAAAGUAGAGGCUGCUCGAGUGUUGGCUGAGGUUACGAGCCGCAGAGAUACGCUGGAACUGGAGCUGUUCGAGUUGCGGAAGAGUAUUGUUGAAAAGGUGAUUAGGGAGGAUACCGAACCUCCGCCAUACGAACCGUUUGAGAAUGGAAGGGAUGGUUGA